AUGCAGAUUGGGCAGAAAAUCAGGGUACAAGCGAGCUCCCAUCGAAUCGAGACGGAUCGGCGUGCGAAACAUCGUCGAAGAGAUGGCCGGGCCGUUGGCUUGGGCGGCGGAUGUGGUGGGGAGAGGCGGCGAGAGCAACGACGAAGACGAUUACGAUGCAAUUCCGGUGGUGUUCACUCCGGAACAGCAGCAGUACGUGAGAGAGUUGGAUCAGAAAGAGGCUUCUCUCAGCCGUUAUAAUCCAAGAUCUCCGGCUCCGGCUCCCUCCACCGGACAUCUCUAACGCCUCCCUCACCUCCACGCCCACUCCCUGGCCUCCAACGCCGCUCUCGCCCUCCAAUUGAACGCUCACUCCACCACCAAGGAACAGGCACAACUGAGAGAGGUUACACUGCAAGAAGAAAAUGCUGCCUAUGAACAGGCGAUAUACAAUUGUGAGAGUAAAAUACUGGAGAAGUUGCAAGAGGCAGACCUACUUCGAAAUAAGUUACAGAUUGGGCAGAAAAUCAGGGUACAAGUGACCUCCCAUCGAAUCGAGACGGAUCGGCGUGGGAAACAUCAUCGAAGAGAUGGCCGGGCUGUUGGCUUGGGCGGCGGAUGUGGUGGGGAGAGGCGGCGAGAGCAACGACGAAGACGAUUACGACGCAAUUCCGGUGGUGUUCACUCCGGAACAGCAGCAGUACGUGAGAGAGUUGGAUCAGAAAGCGGCUUCUCUCAGCCGUUAUAUCAAAGAUCUCCGGCUCCGGCUCCCUCCGCCGGACAUCUCCCAACGCCUCCCUCACCUCCACGCCCACUCCCUGGCCUCCAACGCCGCUUUCGCCCUCCAAUUGAACGCUCACUCCGCCACCAAGGAACAGGCACAACUGAGAGAGAUUACACUGCAAGAAGAAAAUGCUGCCUUUGAACAGGCGAUAUACAAUUGUGAGAGUAAAAUACAGGAGAAGUUGCAAGAAGCAGACCUACUUCGACAUAAGUUACAGGAAAUGGACUUGACUGAGAAAAACCUGAUGGCUGAGUUGGAGAAUGCCCUCCCUGCACUGGAUACCAGUCAAUCUGGGAAAUCAGGUGAAACAACAAUUGCAUCUGAUUCCACAGUUGAAGCACCAGAAGAUACUGAAUAUUCAAAAUCUGAUCAAGUGGACAAGCUAGAAAACAAGAAAAAAGAAUUGUGCUCAUUGGAAGAGAUAGUUCAGGACUUGGAGAAAAAAUGGGCACAGGUACAAGAGAAUGCCCUCAAGCAACCUUCUCCAGCUCAGAGAGAGAAAAUUUUGGAUAGACAGCUGCACAGCCUUAUUGAACAACUAGCUACAAAGCAGGCCCAAGGGGAGGGGCUGGUCAGUGAUAUCCAUCUGAAGGAGAUGGAGCUAGAAAGGUUAAAUGGGCUGUGGAGGAGGCUUCAGACCAGCACUGUGGAGGCCAAUACAGCCAGGAAUCGGUUUGGAAGAAGCAACUCUGAGAAGGGAUCUUUUUCCUUUGAUUACAUUGUUGACCCUCAUCACAGGCUUCCUUAUCACUUUGGGGGCCGAAAUGAGAACCAACAGAGACUGAUGCUACUCAGGUCGGCCUUUGUGCUCUACAUUCUAGCUCUGCACAUUUUGGUCUUCAUUAAGAUUUCAUUCUAAAGAAUGUAUUGUUUCCCUUAAAUGUUGUAAUACUUCUUCACCAAUGAACCUGAUAUAUAUGUUUUUCAUUUUCAAUUCUGUUGCCAUUCAGGUUGUACAGAAAGAUGUCUCAUGUAUAUUAUGAAACUCUUAAAUUUUACUGUGCUCUCUGCACUUUAUGGUU